CCCAAUCCCUGAUCUGCUGCGCCCGUGAUCCGAUCUGGUUGUGCUCUCGGCGGAUCUCGGCUCUCGCCCCGUGGAUCUCGCCGUUGACUCGCGCUCUGUUUUUCUUCUUCCUGGGGUGUGUUUCAUCGCCGAGGCGCCGAGCGGGCGGAGGCACGCACGGACCGGCUGGUGUUCUUCUCGAGCGUGCGUGCGCGCGCGUUUAAUCGCUUUUUUUCCCCGUUGCGGCACGGAUCAAAAAGAUAAUGCAGGCAGAUGAGGACGUUGGCAAGAUUGCGCUGGCUGUGCCUGUUUUGGUUUCGAGAGCCCUUGAAUUGUUUCUGCAAGAUUUGAUUGACCGCUCAUACCAAAUUACUCUUCAAAGUGGUGCAAAAACAUUGAAUUCAUUCCACCUAAAGCAAUGUGUGAAGAGGUACAGCUCUUUUGACUUCCUAAAAGAGAUUGCGAACAAGGUGCCAGACUUGGGUGGGGCUGACUCUUGUGGAGAUGAUAGAGGAUUACCCAGAAGAAGAAAAUUGUCAAAUGGAAGCGAUCCAGAGAACGAGGAAUCCCGAUCCAGCAAAAUGCCAAUAAGAAGCUUGAACACUAGUCCUAGAGGACGUGGCAGAGGCCGAGGAAGAGGGCGAGGGCGACCUCCAACCAAGAGAAAGGAGAUUGGUUAUGUACAAUUCGAGGAUGAGAGCAACAUGUUUGCUGAACAAAGUGAACCCUUACCAGGAGAUGAGAUAGUUCAAGAGACCAACCAUGGUAAUGAGAGUAUUCCCCAAAGUGCACAACCAGUAGAGGCUCAAUCAGGCGAGACACCAGCUGUGAUUUCAAAGGUGGAAGAAGCCAGCACCGACCAUCAGCCAGAUUGGCCUAUGCCAGAUGCAAUUGGAGGCAUUGGUGUUGGACCAUCCAGUUUUGGACAUCUAACGGUGCAGGUUGAUGAGGACGAGGACUACGAUAAUGAGGAUUAGGCAUGGUCAUCCUCUCAUCAUAUCAGAUGCACUAACAGGAUAGUUCUCCUGGUUGUUGUACAAUGUAGAUAUAGUUUCAAGUAGUGACCGCAGCUAUGGUGUGCUGCUGAUGUUAUGUACCUGCCCCUUGUAACUUAUCUAUUUUUCCAAUAAUUGUUUGUUAGUUGCCUCACAAUGACUAGGAUGUGCUCUGUCAGCUUAAUUUAACCCUGUAUUUCAUGUUUCAAGCAGUAAUAUUCUGCAUGUCUUGUUACAUUGUAUAUUUUAUGUUACUAUAUCAUGUUGUGACCUUCA